UUUCAUUGCGUCAAUAUUUAUCGGUUUUAAUUUAAUGGAAUUUCUGUGUAUUUUUCUUUAUCAUUAAUGUAAGAUCUUUUUUGUAAUUAGAAAUGAACCGACUGGUACUGUUAAUGUUCUGUAAUAUUUAAAUACGUGACGUUUAAACGUUGAACAAAUUACCAGAAGUCAGCAUUUGAGGUAAUUUAAUAACGUUUGAGUUGGCAUUUUCCAAAUUUAUGUUUGGGGAGAUAUUUCGAAAACUUUGCGAUCACUUGCACAAUGUUCCAAAUUACGAAACUUUCAGACGAAAUUUUAGAUACACAAUUUGUUAAUAAAACUCGAAAGGGGUACGUAACAGUUAAGGGGUUUACCCUCCCCGAAGCCUAUGGAGAAUACAGCAAUGAAAUUGAAAAUUUUGAAGUGUAUGAUGAUGACGUAUGGGUUUGUAGUUUUCCUAAAUCAGGAACAACAUGGACCCAAGAAAUGGUCUGGUUAAUCGAAAAUAAUUUUAACUACGAAAAGGCAAAAAGGCCGAUCUAUGAACGAUUUCCUCAUUUUGAAUUACACGUCUACUACGAUUUAAAAAGUGCCUUCAGUAAAAAUCCAAAUCUUAAGAGACAACCCUUUAGCACAAAUUCGUUUGAGUAUAUCAAAAAUUUAAAGAGACCACGCUUAAUCAAAACACAUUUACCUUUCGCUCUCUUACCUAAUCAGAUAAGGAAAUUUAUUAAAAAACCAAAGAUAAUAUACAUAACAAGAAACUGCAAAGACGUUUGUGUCUCUUUUUAUCACUUCAGUCGUGAUUUUGAUGCCUUUACUGGUACUUUUGAAACUUACAGUAGACUGUUUUUAAAAGGAAAAGUUCCUUACGGGCCUUUUUGGCAUCACAAUUUAGGGUUUUGGGUACAAAGAAAUAAACCAAAUGUACUUAUUCUUCGUUAUGAGAAAUUAAAAGAAAAUCUUCCGUCCGUAAUUAAGGAUGUCGCUAGAUUUUUGCAAAAACCAGCGUCGGAAAGCGAUAUUAGAAAUCUUGUAAAUCAUCUCAGUUUCGAAAAUAUGAAAAAUAAUAGGUCUGUCAAUUAUUCGUCAUUAGCGGCGUUUUUAAAUGAAAUAAAUGAGUCAAAUAAUCAAGGGGUGUUUAUGAGGUCAGGGAAAAUAGGAAAUUAUAAGGAAAUUAUGUCGAAGGAAAUAGAGCAGGAGUUUGAUGUAUGGAUCAAGGGAAAUAUUGGGAAUACUGGCUUUUUGGAAUACGAAGCUGAUUAGUAUCGAUCAAUUCUGUUAAUAUUUAAUUGCAAAUAUAAUGUAAUCAAUAAAGUUUUUUUAUUUUU